AUGGCUUCCUCUCUGUUCAUCAAAUGCUACCCUCUUCUUGCCAUACUUCUGCUGAUACACGAAUCUGCUAUAGCCCAAACUGGCUAUAACAAAAAGGAGAAGGAGGCUCUUGAUGCCUUGAAGGCUACUUUCAACAAUGCCUAUCUAAACAAUAACUGGACAGGCAUUCCUUGCUUCUUGAGUGAGACAUCAAAAUGGUAUGGAAUUCAAUGUGACCCCAAUGGCCGCGUCACAGGCAUUGUCUUGGAAAGUAUGGGACUAGUAGGGAACGUCAAAGUUGAUGCAUUCAAAGACUUUACCGAGAUGUCAGUGGUGAGCUUGAAGAACAACACUAUAUGGGGAAAAAUGAUGGAUUUUAGUUCCAACCUGAAGCUGACUCACAUUGAUAUCUCCCGGAAUAUGCUGUUCGGGCCAAUGUCAAGUUCACUUUUGAGUCUUGGGAACUUGGAGUACUUGUUUGUUCAAUAUAAUUGGUUGAGUGGUUUCAUCCCGGAAUUGAAUCAAUCCACACUGAAAGCAGUCGAUCUCUCAAAUAACAAGUUUAAUGGACCAAUCCCAACAACUCGAGCUCUUCAAACAUUUGGCUACAAUUCAUAUUCUGGUAACAAUGACUUGUGUGGAUCACCUUCUCAUGUUCCCUGUGAUGCUGUCAACCCCAAUUCUCAUUUGGAUAGUGAAAGAAAUAAUACCUCUUCUGGUUCUAUUACGAAAUAUCAUACUUCUUUUUCCCGGUUUAAUGCAAUUUUUUAUGGUUUGCUUAUUGUUUGUCUAGUAAUUGCAAUUCUUCUUUCGGCUCUUUAUUACCGGAAAUCUAGGAAGCUAAAAAAGUUGAUAAAGGAAGUGAGAGACACUAGUACUAAACAAAUGAAUGAGGAGAGUAAAGAUGGUGAAAAGAAGGUUGAAGGAGAGGCGGUAAGAUCAGUUGGAGGACUACAAGAGAAAGGGAAGCUCAUAUUCAUUGGGGUUGGGGAUGGAGCAGCUGCAGAGUUUGAACUUGGAGAUCUUUUAAAAGCUUCUGCUGAGGGAUUAGGUAGAGGGAUUUUUGGAAAUAGUUAUAAGGCUAAGAUCAGUGGGAAGGAAGCCGUUGUUGUAAAGAGGAUAAGGGAUCUGAAACCAUUGGUUAAUGAGGAAUUCAACAAGCAGUUGCAGCUGAUUGCCAAUUUGAAACACCCCAACUUGCUGCCUCUUCUUGCUUACUACCACUCCAAGGAUGAAAAAUUGCUCCUAUAUAGAUAUGUUCGAAAUGGGAAUUUGUUUAACCGAUUGUUUGGAGAAAGAGGCCCAAAUCGAAUUCCAUUCACAUGGACCUCAAGACUUUCAGUUGCUCGAGGUGUAGCUCAAGCUGUGGAGUAUCUUCACCUCAAUGCCACAUCCCCUAAUAUCCCGCCUCAUGGAAACUUAAAGUCUUCAAACAUUCUUCUCAAUGAGAAUGACACGGUUCUUGUUUCGGAUUAUGGUUUUGCUUCACUAGUAGCACUUCCCAUUGCAGCUCAACGAAUGGUUUCGUAUAAAGCACCUGAGUAUAAAAGGACCAAAAGAGUUUCUAAAGAGUCUGAUGUGUGGAGCUAUGGCAGCCUUCUUUUAGAGCUCUUGACCGGAAAACUCUCGGUCUGCACUGCUCCACCAGGUGUCAGUGGUGUAGAUCUCUGCGGUUGGGUUCACCGAGCAGUUAGAGAAGAAUGGACAGCUGAGAUUUUUGAUGAGGAACUAUCUGGUGAGCACAGAACUACAAGUAGUGGAAUGCUUAGACUGCUACAAAUUGCAAUGCAGUGCUGUGAUCCAUCCCCAGAGAAACGCCCCAUGAUGAGUGAAGUGGCAAGGGAAGUGGAGAACAUAAGGAUUACUAAUUCAAUAGUCGACUCAGAUGAUUCGAUAGGAUGAUUAGCCACUGUUCCUGCAAGAAUUGUCAGUGAUCAUAAGAGGUAGCUAGUAGUAUGUACUUUAGGAUUGGGAACACU